AUGUCGCUCGCCCAGCAGCGCCCGGAUCGCAUCGAGGCGGGAGACACCGCUUCGAGUGUCGACCCAAGCACCUCGACCAUCGCAACAGAGCAGCAGCCACAACAGCCGCAACAGCAGCAGCAACAGCAGCAAGCACAGGCGCGGCAGCACCGGGCACCAUCGUGGAGCGACGUCUCGUCGUGUCCUGUGCCUCACGCCAAGUCGCAGCCAUUGCCCCCCGGACACCCUCCCGUCCCUGACGCUCCUGCAUCCACCUUAUACCCACCCACCGACUCGCGCUGCAUCUUUUACCGCUCUCCCGAUGAUCUCGCGCAGACCCCGCCGCUCUCGCGCUCCACCUCCUCCUCCAUGCUCUCGUCCACCACCACGCUGCCGUCGCUCCACGAGCUCGCCGUCACACACGGCGCCUCCGCCUACGAGUUUGACCGUGCACAAAAGCUCGACCAGCAGCGCAAGGAGGCCAACAUCAAUCCGCUGCCGCUCGAAGGCCAGCUCGGUGUCGAUCCCAGCUGCACCCUCGUCCUCGCCAGCCGCAACAGCCAGCUCGCCCUCGUCCAAAGCUCCCACGUCAGCGCCAUGCUCGAAGCACGCUACGGCAAAUCCUCGCCCCUCUUCCGCACCCAGCUCGACCAAGCCACCGCGGCGCUCUCGGUCGACUCACCUGGCAGCAGUCCGGCAGGAUCUUCGUCGCCCUCCGCAACGCCCGCAACGCGCCUCCAAAAGGUCGACAGCGACCACGCCGACCACGACGUCGACUUCCUCCGCAACCUCCUCCACUCCUUCCAGCCCGCAGCCGACGCUCCAUUGCGCCCACACGCCUUCCCCAUCACCUCCAUGUCCACCGCCGGUGACCAGAACCUGCGCUCGCCUCUGUACGUCAUCGGUGGCGAAGGCAAGGCCAUCUGGACCAAGGAGCUCGAGGUCGCUCUCGAGCAGGGCGCCGUCGAUGCCAUCGUACACUGUCUCAAGGACGUCCCCACCGCUCUGCCCAAGGGUCUCGAACUUGCCGCCGUACUUGAGCGCGAGGAUCCGCGCGAUGCCCUCGUGGUCAAGGCCGGCCUGCCGUACAAGGUGCUCGACGAGCUGCCCGUCGGCUCGGUCAUCGGCACCUCCUCCGUCCGCCGCGUAGCCCAGCUGCGAAGGAGAUACCCGCACCUGGUCUUCAGCGACGUUCGCGGCAACAUCAACACGCGCCUCGCCAAGCUCGACGCGCCCAACGGUCCCUACACCGCGCUCAUCCUCGCUGCCGCCGGUCUGGUGCGCCUCAACAUGCAUUCGCGCGUCACCGCCUUCCUCAGCUCGCCCGUGCUGCUCCACUCGGUCGGCCAGGGCUCCUUAGCCAUCGAGGUGCGUUCGCCACCCGCGGGCGCCGAUCCCACCACCAACCGCGACGCACGGAUCCGCCAGCUCAUCCACAGCAUCGGCGACUGGCGCGCCACCUUCCGGGCCGAGGCGGAGCGCGCGCUGCUCAGGGAGCUCGAGGGUGGCUGCUCCAUCCCCGUCGGUGUCGAGACGCGCUUUGACGAUCACGACCACGUCGAGGGUCAGCGCAGCGAGGCGAUCGCCUUGGUCGACGACUUUAUCACCGCGGGAGACGCAGGUGCCAAGGCGGAGCUGCCCAACGGCGGUGUGCCUCUUGUUCGCGAUGGCCACACCAUCCCCGCAAGCCAGCUUGCCGAUGCCAGUGCAGACAGCCGCAUCGUCGCGUCCUCGCCUCCCACGCGGCCCCCGCUCGAGUCGCUCGCUACGGGCGUGGAGCCGAUCCAAGCCGCCAAGACACAGUCCAAGACCGCCGACGCUUCGACCUCUGCCACGACGAUCGCGGACAAGAUCGUCUCGACAUCGUACAGCAUCGUGGAUCGAUCCACGCCCGCUGCCGAAGGUCGUACGCUGCAUCUGGAUGCCAUCGUAGUCUCGCUCGACGGCAGCCAAGAGUCGCGCUACUCGGCGAGCAAGCACUGCAAGACGCUCGAGGAUGCUCGCGCGCUCGGGGUGCAUGUUGCCACCGAGCUCGCGCACAAGCGCGGCGCACGGGCGAUUCUCGAAGAGGUCGAGAGACACCGCAAGAUGGCCGAGCUCGCCGACAAGCGUCGACGCGAAGAGGCGCGCAAGCGCAAGGCGCUCGGCCUGUCCGGUGGCGAAACCAAUGCGAUCGCCGUCAGCAACGGCGUCGCCUCGGUGGCGGAACAGGGCGACCUGCAGGCACUCAAGAAGUCCAGAGACGGUUGGAUGCGCGGACAGGCAGAGAUCAGUCUGUCUGCCGAGCUCGAGAAGUUUAGAAGCCAGCAUAGUGGCAGCGACCUGCCUGACGCGCAGUGCGAUCCUCUCGAGGUCGACCGCCGAUUCGUACCGCGCGACGACGGCCAGCCCAAGGCAUGGGAGAGGCCACUUCGUAUCCGUCCACCUCCGACCUCGCAUCUUUACCGCAUCCCUACCAUCGAUCGCACCAGCCUUCGCAUCGCGGCCUCGACAAGUCCGAAAGCGGAGUGGGCAUCCUCUUCAACCAUGUCGGAGUCCAUGUCUUCGGCAAGCUCUUCGAGCUCGCGCUCGUCCUUCGACGGGCCCUCCACACCGCCCGACGCCGUGCGCUCGCUGCCCAACUCGAUCAAGGCGGCACGACAGGAGGGCGGCAUCGACGCCGAACUGCCGCUGUGGAAGAAGAGGCACACCUUCUUCCCGCUCGAGCGCCAAGAGCGCUACUCGGCCCCCACCGACAAGGGCUUUGUGGCGCCCGAGCUCACCGAGCUCGUCGCUCCCAACAUCGAGUCGUUCAAUGCGCUGUGGGCAGAGGAUCCGUCGCUGGAUCCGCCAGCCUCCGCCGUAGGUGGCUUCUACAACGAGGGCGUCGGCCUUCUCGAAAAGAGUCUUCGUCGUCUGGCGCCGCGCAUCGUCUUUGACGGCCAGGGCGACGCCAACGGCGGCCUCGGCAACCGCAUCACGCUGCGCAUGGACAGCGUCAACCUGUCCAAGCCGCUCGUGAACGACCGCGCCAAGGGCGUGCGCGAGCGCAGGGUGUUCCCCACCGAGGCGCGCGAGCGUCUCUUCACCUACACGGGCAAGCUCACCGCGCGUCUGUGCUGGAGCGUCAACGGCGAUCCGGAGCAGAGCGAGAUCGUGGCGCUGGGCAACUGCCCCGUGCUGGUGCGCUCCAACCGCUGCAACCUGCGCGGCAUGUCGUCGCGCGAGCUCGUCGCCCACCACGAGGAGGCCAACGAGUUUGGCGGCUACUACCUGGUCAACGGCAACGAGCGUCUGAUCCGCUACCUCAUCGUCGCCAAGGCCAACAGCCCGCAGGCGAUCGAGCGUCCGUCGUUCGAGAAGCGCGGACCGAGCUACUCGAACAAGGCGAUCGUCAUCCGCUGCCUCCACCGCGACGACCUGAUCAGCGUGACCAACGCGGUGCACUACCUGCACAACGGCGGCCUCACGCUGCGAUUCAGCUGGCGCAAGCAGGAGUACAUGGUGCCGGUGGUGAUGGUGCUCAAGGCGCUCGUCGACGCCACGGACAAGGAGAUCUUUGCGUCGAUCGUGCAGGGCGACUUUGACAACACCUUCCUCACCGACCGCGUCGAGCUGCUGCUGCGCAACUUCAAGCAGUACACGCUGUGGUCGGGCCACCAGUGCCUCGAGUACCUCGGCUCCAAGUUCCGCGUGGUGCUCGGCUGCCCCGAGGACUGGAACGACGCCCAAGUCGGCUCGGAGCUCAUCCACCGCAUCUUCCUCGUCCACCUCGACAGCCCGCGCGAAAAGUACAAGAUGCUCAUCUUUAUGAUCCAGAAGCUCUACUCGCUCGUCGCCGGCGAGUCGUGCGCCGACAACGCCGACUCGCCGCAGCACCACGAGAUCCUCAUGCCCGGCUUCCUCGUGGGCCAGAUCGUCAAGGAGCGCAUCGACGAGGCCGUCGGCAACAUCCGCGCCCAGAUCGCGCGCGACGUGCGCAUGAAGCUCAAGGGCGUCGACUUUUUCGACGCGCGCUACAUCAAGAAGAGCGUCGCCAAGGUCAACAUCGACAUUGGCGUCAAGAUCGCCUCGUUCCUCGCCACGGGCAACCUGUCGUCGCCGUCCGGCCUCGACCUCCAGCAGACGUCCGGAUUCACCAUCAUGGCCGAGAAGCUCAACUUUGCGCGCUACCUCGCCCACUUCCGUUCGGUGCACCGCGGCGCCUUCUUCGCCGAACUCAAGACGACCUCGGUGCGAAAGCUGCUGCCCGAGGCGUGGGGCUUCCUCUGCCCCGUCCACACGCCCGACGGUUCGCCGUGCGGCCUGCUCAACCACUUUUCGCACACCUGCCGCAUGACCACGCGCCAGCCGGACGUCUCGCACCUCCACGCGCUCCUCACCAGCCUCGGCAUGACCGAGGCCGCCUUCAGCGUCGGCGGCAGCGUCCAGGGCGCCGGCGCUGCCAAAAACAACAUCGUCGUCCAGCUCGACGGCGCCAUCCUCGGAUACACCACCCCGGCCCUCGCCAAGCACAUCGCCACCGCACUCCGCAUCUGGAAGACCGAAGGCCUCCACAAGGUCCCCCUCGACCUCGAAAUCGGAUUCGUCCCCACCUCCAAGUCGGGACAGUACCCCGGUCUCUACCUCUUCUCCAACCGCUCGCGCAUGAUCCGUCCCGUCCGUCUGCUCCACAACAACAAGAUCGACCUCGUCGGCCCCUACGAACAGGUCUACCUCGACAUCGCCUGCGACCCGUCGGAAAUCAUCCAAGGCGUCUCGUCGCACGUCGAGCUCGCCCCGACCUCGAUCCUCUCGGUGCUCGCCAACCUUACGCCCUUCUCGGAUUACAACCAGAGCCCACGAAAUGUGUACCAAACCCAGAUGAUGAAGCAGACGAUGGGGACGGCGUCGACGGCGAUUUCUCGCAGGACGGACAACAAGCUGUACCGGAUCCAGAGCCCGCAGACGCCGGUGGUGCGACCGGAGCUUUACAACAAGUACGGCUUCGACGACUAUCCGAACGGGACGAAUGCGAUUGUGGCGGUGAUUUCGUAUACGGGCUACGACAUGGAGGAUGCCAUGAUCCUGAACAAGUCGGCGCACGAGCGCGGAUUCGGGUACGGAACCGUGUACAAGAGCGAGACGGUGGAUCUGCGGGAUCUGCGCGGCAAGGCGGCGAGUGCGAGUGUGCCGACGCUGCAUUUUGGAUUUGCGCCGAACUACCGCGCGUCGGAGGCGCAGCGGGCGAUCCUGGACCAGGACGGCCUGCCGUACAUUGGACAGAAGGUGAUGGCGGGCGAGCCGAUCUGUGCGUACUGGGACGAGGUGAGCGGCAAGACGUCGUUCAAAAAGUUCAAGGGCGACGAGUACGCGUACGUGGAUACGGUGCGUCUGCUCGGUGCUGAUGGCGGCUCGGGUGGAGGCGACAGCGAGUGCCAAAAGGUGCAGAUCAUGCUGCGCAUCACGCGCUCGCCCGUGAUCGGCGACAAGUUUUCCUCGCGCCACGGCCAGAAGGGUGUGUGCUCGCAGAAAUGGCCGGCGGUGGACAUGCCGUUUAGCGAGAGCGGGAUGCAGCCGGAUGUGAUUAUCAAUCCGCACGCGUUCCCGUCGCGCAUGACGAUCGGCAUGCUGAUCGAGAGCAUCGCAGGCAAGGCGGGAGCGAUGCACGGACUUGCGCAGGACUCGACGCCCUUCACGUUCAGCGAGGAUUUCACGCCGACGCAGUUCUUUGGCGAGCAGCUCAAGGCGGCGGGGUACAACCACGUGGGCAACGAGCCGAUGUACUCGGGCAUCACGGGGCAGGAGUUGCGUGCAGACAUCUACCUGGGCGUGGUGUACUACCAGCGACUGAGGCACAUGGUGAACGACAAGUUCCAGGUGCGCACCACGGGUCCGGUGCAUGCGCUGACGCGACAGCCGAUCAAGGGUCGAAAGCGCGCGGGCGGUAUUCGAUUCGGCGAGAUGGAGCGCGAUGCGCUGCUGGCGCACGGAACGUCGUACAUGCUGCAGGACCGACUGAUGAACUGUUCGGACUACUCGACCUCGUACGUCUGCCGCACGUGUGGCUCGCUGCUCUCCGUCGGCUUUGACCACUCGCACUCGGGCGCCGGCGGCGCCAUGUCGACGAUCGACGUGACGACGCAGGGCACCACGCCCGUGCUCGGCCCCAACGGCGAGUUCUGCCGCGUCUGCCGUGCGGAGGACGAGGUGCGUCGCCAGCAGGGCUUGGAACCGCUGCGUGGCAAGCGUCAGCCCAUCGGUGGCGCCGAGGCCACCAUCGGCAUCCCUGCACACAACGUGAUCAACAACGUUAGCGGCGGCGACCUCGAUGUGGUGGCAGUGCCGUACGUGCUCAAGUACCUCGUGGCCGAACUCGCCGCCAUGGGCAUCAAGAUGAGCUUUGCCCUGUCGCCCUGA